AUGAACAAACGACACAUUGUGGUCUUCUCGGGUGGCAGUGCUGCGAACAAUCUUGUGGAUGUGUUUGGGAAGGUUGCUGAGGAUAAGGGGUGUUCGUUAAGCUAUGUUAUUCCUAUCAGUGAUAAUGGAGGGUCGUCGAGUGAACUUAUUCGGGUGUUUGGAGGUCCGGGAAUUGGUGAUGUCAGGAGUCGACUCGUCCGUCUCAUUCCUGAGGAGCCCUCAAUACCGGAGACUACAGCUAUCAAAACCCUCUUCAACCACCGUCUCUCCUCUUCACCUUCUCUAGCACGCAUAGAGUGGCUUGACAUAGUCGAGGGCCGACACCUCCUUUGGACCAGCAUCUCAUCCGAGAAGCGGGAACUCAUCCGUUCAUUCCUCAAUACCAUCAAUCUUGAAAUUGUCAAGAGACUCCGUCCUUCCUCAUCCUUCAACUUUCAAUCUGCAUCAGUAGGGAAUCUCUUCUUAACAGGAGCAAGACUCUUCACAGGUAGUUUUGAAUCAGCUAUCUAUCUGCUUGGAGCUAUCACUGGAGUCCCCAACAACGUAAACGUUAUUCCAGCCAUCAACAGCAACUUCAGCCACCACAUCUCCGCCAGCUUAAAAGACGGCACCAUAAUCACAGGCCAAAACAGCAUCUCCCACCCCUCAGCGCCCUCCGCCCCGGCACCGAUCCCAACACCCACCCCUCAACCAUCAACCUUCGGCCUCACCUUCUCCGCAGAACCCGAAUCCACCUCCCAGCUCGGCGAAGAAACCGACCUCUCACCCACAACCUCCCAUCUCCGAACCCUCAGCAAAGAACUCUCAGAACACGAAGCCAUCGAAGACGCAAACCUCCCCGGUUCCCUCCCCACGCUCCGGAAACAAUACAUCACGUUCCACAAAUCGCACACCGAGGACCUCCCCUCUCGCAUCGAGAGGAUAUGGUACAUCAACCCCUACGGACAAGAGAUCCGGCCCGCCGCGAACCCGAAGGUACUCGCUAGCAUCGGCGACGCUAGCGCGGUUGUAUAUUCCAUCGGUAGUCUGUACACGAGUAUCGUGCCCUGUCUCAUCCUCCGCGAUGUAGGCAAAGUGAUUGCCGGGGGCGUGAAAUACAAGAUUUUGAUCUUGAAUGGGAGUUUGGAUCGAGAGACGAGGGCAGUGGGCGAUGGCGGGUUUACGGCGAGGGAUUUCAUCGCUGCUGUUGCGGACGCGUGUGUGUCGUCCCGGUCGUCGAGUACGGGGAGGACGAGGGCGAGGGAGGAGGAGUAUAGGGAGUUUGUGAGUCAUGUUAUUCAUUUGCAGGGGGAGGGGACGCCGCGGGUGGAGAAGGGGGAGUUGGGGAGGUUGGGGAUUGAGUGUGUGAGGAUUUAUGGGAGGAAGAGGGAGGGUGGUGAGGAGGGGGAUGGAGAUGGAGGGAUGAUCUAUGAUGGUGUUGCGUUGGGGCAGGCGUUGGAGGCUAUUAUUGGGGGGCCGAAGAGGUUUAGUGAUAGGAGUCGGAGGAACACUCUUGGGAUUAGUGGGGUUGGUGGAUAGGGUGUUUAGGAGCUUUUAGAUGUCAGGGCAAAGCGAUGUUUAAGCAGCGUUCAAGUCGGGGUUUGAGACGGACAAUUGGAAGGGUAGCUGAAUGUCUCACUUGGUUAGAGCACUUUUGGUCCCCAAAGUAUCUCUCCCCAUAAGAUUAUUCCUCACUAGGUCAUCUCGAUGGUCACAAAGCCUUG